AUGGCGGUGGCCUGGGCGCUGGGUCCCCUGGGUGCGGUGGCCAUCGGCACCCUGCUCCUGGCCCUGCUGCUGCGGUGGCUUUGGGACGCCGCCGUCACUGUCACUUGCUUCCGGGCCACCUGCCACCGACUGCGCCGUUUUCCCCGGCCACCAUGGCGCAACUGGCUGCUGGGUCACACCGGCUUGGGGAAGAGCACGGAGGAGGGACUGCAGCAGGUGGACGAGCUGGUGGCACGGUACCGGCACGGCUGCCUCUGGUGGCUCUUGCCGUGGCUGCCCAUCCUACGCCUCUUCCACCCCGACACCCUGCGCCCCAUCUUCCUGGCUUCAGCCUUCAUUGCCCCCAAGGACCAGCUCUUCUAUGGCUUCCUCAAGCCCUGGCUGGGGGACGGGCUGCUGCUGAGCCGCGGGCAGAAGUGGGCUCGGCACCGGCGCCUGGUGACGCCCGCCCUCCCGGGGCGGGCAGCGGCGCAGGCAGCGGGGGGCCCGGUGGGGCUGGAGGUGCUGGAGCCGCUCAGCCUCCUCACCCUGGACACCCUCCAGAAAUGCAUCUUCAGCCACGAGAGCCGCUGCCAGGAGCAGCCCAGCGAGUACAUCAAGGCCAUCCUGGAGCUGAGCACCUUGGUGGUGAGACGCCAUCACCGCUUGCUCCAUCACCCAACGUGGCUCUACCGCCUCUCGGCCGACGGGCGCCGCUUCGCCCGAGCCUGCGCCACCGUGCACAGCUUCACCGCUGCCGUGGUGCAGCGUCGGCGCCAGGCCCUCGACCGCCUCGGCCACCAGGCCUGGCUGGAGAGCCACCAGGGACGGAGGAUGGACUUCAUUGACCUUCUCCUGCUCGCUAAGGACGAGGACGGCAACACCUUGUCAGAUGAGGACAUCUCGGCCGAGGCUGACACCUUCAUGUUUGAGGGCCACGACACGACGGCCAGCGGCUUGGCAUGGCUGCUCUACAACCUGGCCCGCCACCCCCACUACCAGGAGCGGUGCCGCCAGGAGGUCCGCCAGCUCCUCAAGGGCAGGGACGUGGAGGAGAUCGAAUGGGAGGACCUGUCCCACCUGCCCUUCACCACCAUGUGCAUCAAGGAGAGCCUCCGCCUGCAUCCCCCUGUCACCGCCGUGGCCCGGCGCUGCACCGAGGACAUCACCCUGCAUGACAGACGCGUCAUCCCCAAGGGGAUCAUCUGCUUGCUGAGCAUCUACGGGACCCACCACAACCCGGACAUCUGGCCCGAGCCCCAGGUCUACAACCCACUGAGGUUCAGCCCGGAGAACAGCCAGGGACGGUCCCCGUUGGCCUUCAUCCCCUUCUCCGCCGGUCCCAGGAACUGCAUCGGGCAGAGCUUUGCCAUGGCCGAGCUGAAGGUGGUGGCGGCGUUGACGCUGGCACGCUUCACCAUCCGGCUGGACGCGGGGCGGCCACCGCGCCGCAAGACCGAGCUCAUCCUCCGCGCUGAGGACGGGCUCUGGCUGCUGCUGGAGCCGCUGCCGGAGGUGGCCUGA